AGCCAUUAUUACAGUCAAAAGCCUGCCUUAGCCGAACAAGCAGCGAAGUCCAAACAACCCCACCACGUCCCAACAAUCAAGCCACCCCACCCAGAGAGAGAGAGAGAGAAAGAGAGAGAGAGCGGUCUGCAUCUGCCAUGUCCCUUGGAACCCACCAAACCCCUCCUUCUCCUUCUCCUUCUCCUCCAUUCCAAUGAAUUGAAAGAAAGAUCCUUGUUCCAUGGAAGACCCAACAACGAGCAGGUCAUCUUCAGCUCUGGCCACCACUUUCCGCAACUCAAUCCAGGCUCUGGGUCGAGGUUUUGAUGUCACCUCUGAUAUCAGGCUGCUCUACUGCAAGGGAGCUCCUGGCUUUCGGCUUGUUCACCUCAACGAAGACCGUACCUGGGAUCUCGUGCUCUCUGAGGGCGUUGUUGUUCCGAAUGUCUCUGUUGAUGUUGAGUGCUCCAGAGGGACGAGCGCCACAGAGACCGUCCCAGUUUGCAGCUUCACACAGAUGGCAGCAUACUUCAAUGAGAAGUCAGGCAUAUCCGGAUGCAUUCCCCUUGGAAGCUUUAAUGCUAUGUUCAACUUUACUGGGUCUUGGCAAGUUGAUGCAGCAGCUACAAAAUCCAUUGCAAUGGUUGGACAUAUCAUCCCGCUGUUUGAGGUUAAAUUAACAAAACCAAAGUUAAAUUUGUGUGAGGAAAUCAAGCAUGCUGUUCCUUAUGCUUGGGAACCUGCAUCAUUGGCGAGCUUUAUUGAAAAUUUUGGUACUCAUAUUGUAACAUCAGCAACAAUUGGUGGAAGGGAUGUUGUUUAUAUCAGGCAGCAUCACUCAUCUUCUUUAUCAGCAUCAGACAUUGAGAACUAUGUGAAGGACAUUGGAGAUCAAAGGUUUCUAGAAUUGAAAAGCAAGCGUUCUGUACCCUUCAAAGACAAGGAUGUUACAGUCAUUUUUAGGAGGAGAGGGGGUGAUGAUUUGGAACAAAGUCAUGCAAAGUGGGAGGAAACAGUAACAUCAUCUCCAGACGUGAUUAACAUGACAUUCACUCCCAUUGUUUCCCUGCUUGAAGGAGUUCCUGGACUAAAGCAUUUGGCCCGUGCUAUUGAAUUGUACUUGGAAUACAAGCCACCUAUUGAAGAUCUACAAUAUUUCUUGGAGUUUCAAAUCGCUCGAAUUUGGGCUCCAGAACAGAGCAAUCUCCAUAGAAAGGAGCCUGUGUGUCCAUCCCUUCAGUUCAGCUUGAUAGGUCCCAAGCUUUAUAUCAGCCCAGAUCAGGUAACAGUUGGGCGUAAGCCAGUUACUGGGCUUAGACUUAGCCUAGAAGGCAACAAGCAAAACCGGCUUGCUAUCCAUUUGCAGCAUUUAGUCUCUCUCCCUAAGAUCCUUCAACCCCAUUGGGAUGUGCACAUGGCCAUAGGAGCUCCCAAGUGGCAAGGUCCUGAGGAGCAAGACAGCCGUUGGUUUGAGCCAAUCAAGUGGAAGAACUUCUCCCAUGUAAGCACUGCACCAAUAGAGCAUACUGAGAACUGCAUUGGAGAUCUCUCUGGUGUUUACAUUGUCACGGGGGCUCAACUUGGUGUCUGGGAUUUUGGUGCUAAAAGUGUGUUACACCUCAAGCUUCUCUUUUCCAAAGUACCAGGUUGUACAAUAAGGCGGUCGGUGUGGGAUCACAGUCCUCCAAGCCCUUCUACAGUGCAGAGACUAGAAGGUGCUUCCUCAUUGUCAAUUAACGAGAGAAAUGUAGAUGAUAAAAAGAGAGAGAGUUCAAGCCAAAUUGGUAAGCUGGCCAAAUUAGUGGACCCAACAGAAAUGUUGAAGGGACCACAAGAUAGUCCUGGUCACUGGUUGGUUACUGGGGCUAAGCUUGGGGUGGAUAAAGGGAAGAUUGUGCUAAGGAUAAAGUAUUCCCUACUUAACUACUGAAAUAUUUUUCAUUAUAGCUAUAUACAGGUAGCCCUUUCCAGUAAAAACAUAGGCAGGCAUUCUUUGCAUAGGUGACAGUUCUUUUGUUCUUCUGUAUAUUAUGCUUCUGCCCAUUUUUUCCCACCCUCUAUAAAUCUUACUCCCAUUUUAAAUUGAA